ACCCACCCCUUUCUGAUGUCAUCCGGGCAGGAAGGAAAAUGGCCGCCCAAAACGUUCCUUGCUCUUUUCUACGAGCGGCUGUUCGGAGUUUUGCCCACAGUCCAGCCGCGGCCGCUUCGGUGACCGCCGAGCAGAUGGCGGAGAAGCUGCGGGAACAGAAGAAGCCAAAAGCGGUCCCGGAGGUUCCAAAAGACCGAGUAUUGAGACGAGUGCAAGAAUAUGUUCAGCAGACCCGAUGCUUCCAACAGCUCCAUCCUAAUGUCCUAGCCAAGGUUCUCAAAAAGGGAAUCCUCUAUUCGAACAAAGAUAUUGUAGUAAUAAACAAGCCUUAUGGACUUCCUGUCCAUGGUGGCCCUGGGGUGAAGACAUGCAUUACAGAUGCGCUGCCAAUACUGUCCAAGAUGUUAGAUGGCAUGAAAGCUGAACCUCUGCAUUUAUGUCACCGGCUGGACAAAGAAACUACUGGAGUGAUGGUCUUAGCAAAAGAUGAGAUGAUUGCACACUGGGUCCAAGAGAUGUUCAAAACCCGUCAGGUGGAAAAGAAAUACUGGGCAAUUUGUAUUGGAAAUCCAGAGCCGGAAGAGGGACUGGUAGACAUUCCCAUUAUGGAGAAAGAAGUGGAGAGCCACCAAUCACAUUUCAAAAUGACACUUGCACCAAAUUAUCGUGUAUCUUUAGAAGACAAAAAGUUGCGCAAAGUGCGCCGCAACAAAGAUGCUCACUUAGCAGUGACCCAGUAUCGUGUGCUAAACAACUGGUCCACUUGUUCUCUCAUUGAAUUGGAACCAAUCACAGGAGUGAAGCAUCAACUCAGAGUCCACUUGGCUUAUGGCUUAGGUUGCCCAAUCCUUGGGGAUCACAAGUAUUCCCACUGGAGCAAGCUAGCACCACAGAAACUCUCUCUAGGUACACUGAAGAAACUGGGUUUGGAACAAGUCAAAGCCCGUUACCUCCCUCUCCACCUACAUGCCUGCGAGCUCACCCUGCCUCUGAUAAACGGCAAUGAGGAGCAGAAAAUCCACUUAUUUUGCAAGCCGCCCAUCUUCUUCAAGCUCUCCUUAAAACGGCUAAAGCUAGAAUUUCCAAAAUCGGAACACAAAGAAACUAAGACUGAUUAGCUAUCCUAGUUUGUUAAUGGGACUCAUUUUCCUGACUUUAUAAAGCCAUGGGAGGAUCCUGUGAAAGGGGAAACACCUGGAACCAGAUGUUCUCAGCUGUGGAAUCACAACAUACGCUUCUCUGGAAGCUUGUAGCCUUUCAGGGGAAAUCUUCCUGCCUGGCAGCUGAAAAUAGAACUGAGGAAUGGUCACAGAUCUCCCAGAGCCUGUAUGCUGGUUUCAGAUGAAGUUGGGAGAUUUGGAAGGAUUCAUACAGUUUAUAUGAGCUGCUAUACCUGGAAUAAGAGUUAGCUGGGCACAUUUUUUUCAGUACUUGAGAGUCAACAUAUACCUGAUGCUCAGCCAAACAGAAUUAAAUGUGUUUGUGUUUGUGUAAAUGUGUUAUAUCACAUUCAUAUAACUGGAACAGAGAUAUUGGGGAGAGGAGAGGAACACUCAGAGGGUCCUUAGGAUUGGGGUAUGCAAUAAUUGAUGGAACUAUGAAUUGGGGAGUUCUUGGUUCACAUCUCACUUCUGCCAUGAGCUUACAGGACGGUCUUAGGAAAGUCAACCUCAACUUUCUCUCGCAACUGCAAUAGAACACGAAGCUGCUUUCUGACUACUAAUCUGCUGUCUACCCCAGUGUUAUCAAUUCUGAAUGGCAGCUGGAAAGGACAAAGAUUAAGCACACUUCCCUAAAGCUGGAAGUAUAGGCAAGAGCACUUAGACUUAUAUACCGCUUCACCGAGCUUCACAGCCCUCUCUAAGAGGUUUACAGAGUCAGCAUAUUUCCCCCCAACAAUCUGGGUCCUCAUUUUACUGACCUCAAAAGGAUGGAAGGCUGAGUCAGCCUUGAGCCUGGUGAGAUUCAAACUGCCAAAUUGCAGGCAGCUGGCAGUCCGCAGAAGUAGCCUGCAGUAUUGCAUUCUAACCACUGCGCCACCACAGCUCUUAUUGUAAAGGCAUUGUAAAGAUUACAGAUAAACAGCCUACACAAAA